GUCAACAAAACACUGCGAGAUUUAGCGGAUGGUGCAAAUCCGGAGAAGUACGAUAUAAAAAAGCUUGAAAAAUCUAUUGACGAGUUCACAUCAGCCUUGAUAGAUCCCCUUAAAGCCGACGCCGAUACCAGAAAUACAUUUCAAAGUUGUUUUGAUGAUCUGGUGGACAAGGCAAUAGACACGAAGCAGAAGAAGGUACUACACGAGUGAUAAAAAGGUUUCCAAUCAAUACUUUAUGAUAUCCUUCAGCCCUAAAGUCGAUUUUAGUGGGAAUGCUGUCGCCCAUCUGAACACACAGGUGCCCUUACCUUUACGUAUUAUAAGGGUAAGAAAAGAAGAGAGACAACAAUGUUCCCAUCAAUAACCACCGGUGAGGAGGCUUUGUGGGAUAUUACAAAGGGGAAAAUAUAUAUUUUUUAAGAUUUAUGCACACAAUAUUACGGUAUACUUGAUGCCAAUUUAAUGUACAUGACGUCAUUCUUGUCUUUCCGCUGUAUGUACAAGGAAGCAAUUAAUCAAUUUCCAGUGAAAGAAAUUUAUAUUCUGGUGAAUUUACUGAAUGAUAUGAUGCCAAACUGAAUGAUUUAAAGACACUGAGCAUAUUCACAGCUCGGCGCCAUAGCCAAUCCGGUCAGAAAUUAGUUUCCAACUUGAACUGUAUUAGUUAUUUCUAAGAAAUCUUUUUUACACCCUUGCUUUAGCAGUUCUAUUCUGUUGUAGAUCACAGAUGACGUCAAAAUGUGGCAAGAGCAAAAAGGUCGCUGAUGACGCGCGUUCGAGUGUAUCACUGAUAUGUCGCUGGAAUUGUUUUGAUUUAAAUGAAGCCAAAGUAAUAAGCAAGAACCAGUCCAAAUUCAGCUUAUUGCGUAAUGAAGAAAUGUAAAAUGGUUUCCGUGUUUACAUAGCUUGAUGUAAACACGCGGGAGGUUGGGAAAACACGAGAUAAGCGUAGGAAACCACGACGCGAAGCGGAGUGGUUUCCAGCUAAACUAAUGAAAGAGGAACGAAAACCGUGUUUACAUACGCUCGUGUAAAAUGGUUUUAUGGCCAAUCAGAGCGCGCGUACUAUUUGAAUUAUUUUAUAAAAUAAUGUAUCGACGAAUUUUUUCGUAGUUCAUCUCUCACCCAGUGGUGUAUAACUUGCUCAACUCCAGAUGGUACCGCUCCUUUUUUCAAGUAAGAAAAGAAUCAUGGCGGACACCUCAACGCUGGGGAUACUUUUUUCUCAACCUCUGGACAGUGUUUGACAUCGUCUUUUUUCCCUUUCUCUUUGCCAUUUUCUUCGUCGUGCAUUUGAUAAAACAGGCCUUGAGGAGGAAAAGAGGUUUGUAAUAUCGUUUUUCUAGCAUUACAUUGUAAUACGUUUUUAGCAAGCUCUAAAGUAUUCAAAAGGUUUGGGCCUUGAGGGGGGUGAGGCGCGAAGGGUGAUGGCUUUUCUUUUUAUUCUUUACUCCAUGAAACUGAGUUACCAUGCAAGCUGAGUCCUCUCAACUGAAACAAUAUAGGAGUCCUUGCUAAAACUAUGCGCAAAGUGCGGGUCACGCAUUUCUUCCAUGGCGCGUGAAACGCGCUUCGUGCUUGCCCCGUGUUUGCCUCCAUUCGCCUGGAAAACGCCAAAAAACUCCGCCUGUUCUGCAGGCUACAUCGUUCAAGGAGCGUUUACAGGUCUGGUAUUUAUUCUCACUAUUCUUAAGAUUGGUUUAGAUCGCUAUAUUCAAGUUUUGAGAUUAGAUACAAGCAGCUACUGGGGAGUUGUUGAGGUGCUUUGUAUCAAUUGUUGUAUGUUUCCUUUAUUGAUCAGUGGUUUAAUCGCUUAGCUUCUAAUGCUUUCCUUGAUGAUUUUUAGAAACUGAAAUAUGUUUUGUUUUGACGCCGGGCAAAGAUACCUCAGAAUUUAAUCUAAUUAAAAGGACGAUAAACUACAUUGUUGGUGAAUAUGGCUGCCUCUCUGCCAAAUACUGUGUUGUUUUACAUGAAGACCACAAAAUUAUCGGUAACAUCAACUUUAAAGAGAGGUACACUACUGAGGCUGCACUUCGAGCAAGGAUUGACCAGUUACAGCGGCCAAACUCAACCAGUUCACUCGGUGAAGAUCUUAUCGCCACCCGAAGUGCAUUCACAAACCAAACACAUAGGGAAGAAGCCAAAAGGUGA